UGUCAGUUCCUGCCAUGCUUACUUCCCAGUUCCCAGUCCCAACGUAAACCAUAGAAGAAAAAAAAAGAAAAAAAGAAAAAACUCAAGAGUCAGUUAACAUUUCAUCACUCAACAUAAACAAAUAUACAAAGAGAAACUAACCUGAAAAACAAAACCAUGGCCAUGGCCACCUUCUUACACAUUACAUUGAUAACAUUAAUGUUAACUGCUACUACAGUCACAAGCUGUCUACCCUCUGACCGAGCGGCACUGCUUGCUUUCAAGGCAGCACUCCACGAGCCAUACUUGGGCAUCUUCAAUUCUUGGGCCGGACCUGACUGCUGUCAUAAAUGGUACGGCAUCAGUUGCGACCAGGAAACCGGCCGCGUCGCUGAUAUAACCCUUCGAGGUGAAUCCGAAGACCCCAUCUUUCAGAAGGCUCGCCGGUCCGGUUACAUGACGGGUACAAUCUCAUCUUCUAUCUGUAAACUAGAGCGUCUAUCUAGUCUCACAAUCGCAGACUGGAAAGGUAUCUCUGGUGAGAUCCCGCGUUGCAUCACUUCGCUUCCAUUUCUACGUAUUCUUGAUUUAAUCGGAAACAAGAUUUCCGGUGAUAUUCCCGCAGAUAUUGGACGGUUACAUAGACUAACGGUUCUGAAUGUCGCUGAUAAUCUUAUCUCCGGUGAGAUCCCACGUUCUUUAACCAAUCUUUCCAGUUUGAUGCAUCUUGACUUGCGUAACAACCGUAUUUCCGGUCCUCUGCCCCGAGAUUUCCAUCAUCUCACGAUGUUGAGCCGCGCUUUGCUUAGCCAAAAUUAUAUUAGCGGUACAAUCCCGAGUGCCAUUUCAAAAAUUUACCGUCUCGCAGAUUUGGAUCUUUCUUCGAAUAGAUUAUCGGGUCCGAUACCAGACUCUUUGGGUAGAAUGCCGGUUCUAGGAACACUCAAUCUCGAUGCUAAUAAGCUGUCAGGAAAAAUACCAGCAAGUUUGUUUAAUUCAGGUAUUAGCAAUUUAAAUCUAAGCAAGAACUCAUUUGCAGGGUAUUUACCAGAUGUUUUCAGUCAAGGUUCUUAUUUUACGGUUCUUGAUUUAUCGUACAACAAUUUUCGGGGCCCGAUACCGAAAUCUUUAUCUUCUGCAUCAUAUAUCGGACACUUGGAUCUGAGUCAUAAUCAUCUUUGCGGGAAAAUUCCUGCGGGUGAUCCCUUUGAUCAUCUCGAAGCGUCGUCGUUUGCUUAUAAUGAUUGUCUCUGCGGGAAGCCGCUUAGAGCUUGCUAGAUAUCGUAUCGAGUGCUGGGUUUGUUAGUAAAAUGUGUAAUGUAACAGUAAAUUGUAUUUUCUUUUUGGCUUAUUUAGAAUUUGAUAAAACUCGUGUUUAUUAAGUUACGUAAUUACAUGGGGAAUUAAAGGAUUCAUGCGCGUUAAUUUUGCAUGAGUCGGAGAUCUUGAAGUCGAA